UGUGCUCUUCCCAACAACCUUUCAAACCAGCAACACCAUUUUACUUCUUGUUUUUCCUACUUUUGUUCUUCUCCCCAACUCUGGCCUCAUUCUUCUCUGUUUCUGCUUGAAUAUAUCAAACUUCUGAUUAUUUCUAUUCCUGUGUCUAAGGCUGAGAUUUCCCAGAGGCAGUUCCUCUUUUGUGAUUUGUUCUAUUGCCAACCGGGGCUUACGUCCCAGGAUGGGACAUAGCAUGCAAUAUUUGAUGUAGCAAACACAUCUUAACCACAAAUGACAAGUGAGGGCAGAAUGCAUUUUAUACAUGGAUGUGCCACAGCUUAAACCGGGCUAAGAUCUGGGAUAGCUGCAAACCUAAGAGCAAUGGUAGAAUUACUAACAGACUAAGAAAGUCAUGAAGAUAAGGGGAGAGAGUUAAAAAAGGAAGGAUGGAAAAUGAAAAACAAACUAAGAGAUCUUAAAAAGGAAACCUAUCAGCUGAGAAUCUGACAUGGGGAAGUAAGAAUGCGACUUCCUUUUCAGUUGUUAGUUUCUCAUUUUUCUUUUCUCUCUCAGAAGUUUCCAUACUGUCAGGUCUGAUGUCCUGGGCUAAGAAACAAAGCAUUUUUGAAUUCCCAGGAAUUCUUAGGUUAUCACCAGUACUUCCAGUGUUCAGCACAGCCUUCUUUGACAGACAGAAGGUGGAGGAGCAGAUGGGAAAGGCUCAGUGACUUAUUGGUGUCUCCCUCUGGAAUCAGGCACCUAAAAGACCCACGUUUUACGUGGCAAAACUAAGGACAGGGCCAGUGAUCACACUGUGAUUAAAUGGCAUCAGAAAUCACUUAUGCUGAGGUGAAGUUCCAGAAUACAUCACCAGCUGCAGUGGUCAAAGUACCUCCUGAAACAAAGAAGCAACAGCACCAUCCCCAGAAAUACCCCCUAUGGCUCCCGUGGCUGAUCUCACUGCUGCUCCUCCUGCUGUGCAUUGCCCUUCUUGCUGUUCUCCUUGUCGCUCCCUUCUCCCAUAGUGGUGAUCAGCCCCCAGCCUUUAAGCAGAAAUUCAAGGAGUGGUCGUGUGAUUCGGCAGCGCCGGGAGGCAAAGAGGAGGGCUGGGCAUGCUGCCCAAAGGGCUGGAAACGCUUCCAAGGAAGCUGCUACUACCUCUCAGGUGAUGUGAUGUCCUGGGCCGAUAGCGAGCAGAACUGCACUGGGAUGGGCUCUCACCUGGUGGUGAUCAACAGCAAAGCAGAGCAGGAUUUCCUCUCUAAGGAGGUUAAAAAGCCUUCAAGAGGAGAGAAUCACUACAUUGGUCUGAGUGCACAGAUGGGCCAGUGGCACUGGGUGGACCAGACUCCAUUUAAUGUGACAGCAGCGUUCUGGCGCGAAGGUGAACCAAGUAAUCCAGAUUAUGAGAAGUGCGCUGUAAUCCAUCGGACUUCGGGAGCACUCAACAACUGGAAUGAUGUCCAAUGUAACAGUCAUAAUAGAAUAUGUGAAGCUGCAGCAAUAAUUGUGUGAUGGAGAUAACCUGAUCCUGAGUAAAACUGGGAGAUGAGCAAUGAGCUGGUAACAGGGCUGUGUUGGGAGGGGUGGGGAACUCUGGAGCCUUCAUCUUCGCUGUGUUGGGUGGGAUGGUGUGACUGGAAGUGAUAUUACCCUGUGUCCAGCAUCCCCAGUGCAUACAAUGGCUCAGGGAAUACAUGAAGGCUCAGGGUCAUCAGAGCAGGUCCUGGGCUUUUAUGUCCUCUUCUCUCUGGAUGGGUCCAGCAGCCACUGGCUGAAAAGAGAUUGAGUUCUCCAGGAAAAAGACACAGGAACGUAAAACAGAUGUUCAGACCUGCAAUUUCCUUUGUCUCCUUGGGCAGAGGUGCCUGCGUUUUGUUGAGUCACACAGAGAAUGACCUCCAGGUGCACUGGUUUUGCUGAACAAUUACUGAAUUCUUAUGCAAGAGAAAAUACAGUAUCAGACCAAUGAAAAAGGCUCUGUGCAGUGUGUA